AUGGACACAACAUACCAGUGUCUUAACCCCGGUGCCACAACUCGUAAACGGCUAAAACCUGAGCCGUACAGUGUAUUUGGUUACGAUUGCAAAGGGAGUGUCGAUAAUAUCCUAAUCAUUGAUAAGAAAUUAUUUAAAUGUUUGAGAAAUUGUUGGAAUCUGACCAUGGACGAUCUACGCAACUGGUCGGCCAAAUCGUGUUGCUUUGAAUACGAGUUGCAUCGCGGGGUUAAGACACUGGUUUACAAACACUGUCGUAAAGAUGAGGGCAAACCAGACAUCAGUGAUAAGCCGCUGAAAUCCAUUUGCAUCAACAAAAAGGGAUAUCCAUUGAGUGAUAGCUUUUGCAACGGUCUGUCCGGUCGGCUACCGAUGGGCGCCGAAUGCGACCAUAUUGUUGACAGUCUGGCCAAAGGUAUUGAUCCCUACCCGACGCCCAGCCAGUCCGUUACCGUUAGUGUCCGUCCGCCACAGCAUUCCGGUCCCAACCAGUCAUCCACUGCCAGACCUAACUCGCAGUCGACCGCAGUUUCCGUAUUAUUGGCGGCAAUAGUGGUGUCGAUAGCCGGAGAUGUCUAUGACUUU